AUUCCAUUCAACAUACACAUUCAAAAAACAUUAAAUCACCGUCAGACCUUUCGCUUCGUGAUUACAUAGUCGGAACUGGUCGGAACGGUAUCAGCAUUCCAUUCUUGAUUCAUUCCAGUUGGUCGCUUUCAGUGAUCACGUUCUCCAGUGCCGUUUUGUACUAAAAAUAUGGCGUCUUAAGAAUGUAGUACCUUUUAUAUAUCAAUUGAUUAUUUUCACGAUCUGCUGCAGUGUCAGUAACUGUGAAAUCUGCUACAUCUAAUAGAAUUCAAAAUAUUUUAUAUAUUUAUUAAUACUGUGUUCAAGUUCUUAAUUACAUUUGACACAUUCCGAAAUAGGGUAACUUUGUUACAUAAUAAUAAUCAUUGAUAAGAUUCUGUUGUAAUCAAUAUACAGAACGUGAGGGAAUUUAAAUUGCUGUGAUGACGGAUACACGUGACGUAAUACGAGUAGGAUCUCGGCAAAGCCAGGUACAUAAAUUUGGCUCUGAUUCAAACAAAUUAUGUGAUAAAAUGUUUAAAAGAAUAUAAUCCACAAAAGGAAUUUGAAAUAGUUACAAUGAACACAAAAGGAGACAAGAUUUUAGAUAAAUCUUUACCUAAAAUUGGUGAGAAGUCUCUUUUUACAGAAGAGUUGGAACUUGCUUUAGAAGAUGGCAAUGUUGACUUUGUAGUACAUUCAUUAAAAGAUUUACCAACAUCAUUGCCAAAAGGAAUGGUCCUAGGGGCAAUAUUAAAACGCGAAGAUCCGUGUGAUGCAGUUGUUAUGUCUAAAAAGUACAAAGACAAAACAUUAUCUACCUUACCAGAAGGUAGUGUUAUUGGUACUAGUUCGUUACGCAGAUCGGCUCAAUUAGCUCGUAACAUGCCACACUUAAAAGUGCAAAAUAUUCGUGGUAAUUUAAAUACUAGAUUAAGAAAGUUGGACGAUGAAAAUGGACCUUUCGCGGCAAUUAUUUUAGCAGCUGCUGGUUUAAAAAGAAUGAAUUGGGAAAAUAGAAUAAGUCAGUUAUUAGAACCGGAAGGUACAUUGUAUGCUGUAGGGCAGGGUGCAUUAGGAGUUGAAUGUCGGGAAGCAGAUUGGAAAAUAUUGUCCCUUUUGGAACCAUUGUAUGAUGUAGAUACAACUUUAAGAUGUGUAUGCGAACGUUCUUUUCUAAAAACCUUGGGAGGUGGAUGUUCAGCGCCAGUCGCUGUUUCCUCGACCUUAGAAGAUAAGAAUUUAACUAUUACUGGUGCUGUAUGGUCUUUAGAUGGACAGAAACUUGUUAAAGAUACCUUUAAAAGCAAACUUUAUAUACCCGAUGAUGAUGGAGAACCUCCGAAAAAAUGUCCAUAUCGAGAACCGAAACUUUACUGCAGUGUUGUACCUGGUAAAGUAAGCAAUAUGAGUCUUACAGGUGCCGAACAACUUGGUAAAGAUCUUGCAAAAAGUCUUAUAGAGAAGAAUGCUCUCGAUAUUAUGGAAGAAGCUAGAAAUGAAAUUUUAACUGUUAAAUAGAAUUGAUGAAUAGUACUGAAAUAUAAGGUUUUCUUGAUGAUGAAAACAUUCUGAAAAUGUAUAUAGUAAGAUCUGAUCAGUGUAAAAAGUACAAAAUAUUAUGAACUGUAAAAAAAAUCGAUAAUACCCUGUUGUACAGUUUGUUAUAAUUUAAAUGUUUACCGAUUUUGUCAUAUCAUUUCAUCAUUUUAGCAGUUACACACAAACAAAAGUUGCCAAUAGUAAAACCAGUUUAAGUGAAAGCUAUACACUGCCGUAUUUUCAUUUUAAAAUCAUGUAAAAUGUUGUUGCAUUGUUUGAAUGAUUGUGUAAUAUAGCAUACAGGUCAUAAAUAUAAUAGUGUUAUAACUGAAGCUAUUCCAUAUAUGUACAUAUUACUUUUUUUUAAACAAAUAUCAUUAUCAAGAAAACUAUUCUAUAUUGAUACAUAGUAUUAUGAUGAAAUAUAUUUAGAAAAUAUGUACUAUAAAUUAUAUUUGAGUUUGUUAUUUUACUCUGUUGUUUUGUCAGUUGUUUACAUCUGGAUAAUUUAUAAAAAAUUUAUUGUUUGAAGAAAAAAUUCUGUACAGUUAUGGUGUACAGUAUAGUUACUAUUGUACAUUGAAGGGAAUGAAAGGAAAUAAAAAGUUAUAUAUUAUAUAUUAA